AUGGAUGUCGAACCGUCGUCGGUUGCCUCGAACUCUGUUGGCUCAGGGGGCCCGCCAAACCAACGGAAAGAGAGGGGUGCCAUCGCAGCCCAGGCUUGCGAAACUUGCCGCAGCAGGAAGCAAAAAUGCGACGAACAACGCCCAAAAUGUGGAACAUGCCAGAGGUUCAAGCUUGACUGUCGAUAUCGGGAACCGCAGCCCACCAAGAAAGACAAGACGUUAGUGGAGAUCCUCGACCGCCUAAGACUCAUAGAGGGGAAAGUCGACUCCCUGGGCCGCCAUGGGAUACCCGUUUACGAGAGCUCUCAACCCAUCCGUCCGGAUGCGCGACCAUCGACAGUUGUGACGGGAAGCAGCGGUGAUUCGGUCCCGACGACGUCCUCAAUCCUGACACCCUCUACACACCAGUCAGGCAGGGCCAGCCCAACACGCCGACCUAGCCCAUACAGGUACGUCUCAGCGGUGCACAAGUUGAUGGCGUGGCCUGUAGUGCAUCAGAUGCUCGACUCGGCCCGACCCGAAAUUCCCAACCUCCACGGGGUCAUAUCGGACAAGGACCCUCCAUCAGGCAUACUCGAGCAGCAUAUGAGCCGACGGAAGCUUCCCACUGAAGGACUAGAAUCGAUGACCAUGGAUGAGCGCGCGCUUCUGGGAUUGCACCUUGAUGCGCACCAGGCGACGAGCAAUUUCCAACUGGCCGACUUGGACUGGGCAACAAUGCAGAACCUUACCAAGGUCUAUUUCGAUACUUUCAAUUUCAUGUAUCCAAUUAUGGACCGACAGAGUUUCACCAACGAUGCGCUGACAAAGGUCUUCAACGACGGUUUCGACGAUGGCGUCGAGUCGACCUUGGUAUGCCUGGUUUUCGCCUUGGGAGAGGUCGCUAUCGCCGACACGCAAGGAAUUCCCAUAACCAGUUACAAGGGUCGUCCGGGAGGUGUGAAGGGAGGCACCGUGGAAAGACCCCCCGGAUUGGCAUUUUUCAACGAAGGCCGAAAGCGAAUGGGUUUCUCGGUAACGGACUGUACCUUGGAGAACGUCCAAAUCCACGCUCUGGCAGGGUUGUACCUCGGGAGCUGUUCACGGCAUCUUGAACUCUGGCGCAUGACGAUAUCCGCAUCGAUGGCCUACCAUGCUCUAAUUACUAGGUGUCUGAACUUGGAGUUGGAACUUCCUCUGACAGGACUAGAAAAGUUAGAGGAGACGGUCGGCCUUCCCGACUUCAGCGGACCUUUCUGCGAAGAGGAUUACCUGGGGAACCAGCAGUCACGGUUCCAGGAGCAUUUUGCCUCGCAAAUCGUACUCCGGCGGUUAUGCGUCGGUUUCCACAAUACGCUGCAGAAUGCCAUCGGUCCCACCACAACCGUGAAUAUCACGUCGUUGCCGUCACCCGAACAGACGUCCGAACCGGUUUCCCGAUCCUCCUCCGUUCUGGUGACGGUGAAACAGUUGGCUCACCAACUCGAGCAAUGGAGGGGAAUGCUCCCUGAGUACCUCCGCUGGGAUGACACACGGGCUACGGCCUUCUCCGCUCCCGUGCCCGAUCUAUUCAGCCCGGCUCCGGGCAUGUACCCACCUCCGCCCAUACACGACAUGUUCACCCCCGAUCUCUCCCGCCCCCCGGUCCCGCAUCCAUACGCCACCGACAUCCAAGUUGCCCUGCUGCGCACGCGGUACUACUACACCAAGUACCUGAUUUACCGCCCUUUCGUGUACAAAGCUCUCCACCACGCCAACAUGAUAGAUACCGAAGACGCGAAGGGUGUUGCCGAGUGCUUCAAGGCCUGCUUGAAGUGGCCCAUCAUCAUGUCGCCCACCUGUUACCGCAAACGCCUCAUCCCUUGUCUCUUCUUCUGGAUUCAUAAUCUACUAGGCGUCCUGAUUCUGCUCCACCUGUCGCAACGAGUCCCUAUCCUCUCCAACAUCCGCUCCCAGUUCUGUGACGAGUCUUUCGACCUGGACGCUACUCAGACCGUCAAUCUCUGCAUCGACUGGAUCCGCGACCUGAAGAGCGUGGACCCCGCCGCUGAAUGGAGCUGGAACGUUCUUCGGAGCUUAUAUCACCUCGAUGAUUGA